AUGGCGUCAAGGUACUGGGUGGUCUCUCUCCCCGUCCAAAACUCCGCAUCUUCUCUCUGGAGUCGUUUGCAAGAAUCCAUCUCUAAACACGCCUUCGAUACUCCUCUCUACCGUUUCAACAUUCGGAAUCUCCUUGUGGGAACUCUAGAUUCGCUUCGAGCAAUCAGUGAUGACCUUGUGAAGUCGAAUAGCUUCAUUGAAGGAGUGUCUCAGAAGAUACGGCGUCAGAUCGAAGAAUUAGAUAAGGUUUCUGGAGUGGUCAGUAGUUCUUUGACAGUUGAUUGGGUUCCUGUUGACUCAUACCUCACCAGAUUUGUGUGGGAUGAGGCGAAGUACCCGAUAAUGUCACCUCUUAGGGAGAUUGUGGAUGGGAUUCAUAGACAAAUAGCUAAGAUCGAGGAUGCUCUCAAGGUUCGUGUUGCUGAGUAUAACAAUGUCCACAGUCAACUCAACGCCAUAAGCAGAAAGCAAACUGGAAGGUAUGUGUUAAUUAAGCCAGAGGAUAUUAUCACAUCAGAACACUUGGUAACUCUCCUUGCCAUUGUUCCUAAUUAUUCAGAGAAAGAUUGGUUGUCAAGCUAUGAGACACUCACGACCUAUGUGCUGAUUGCUACACUGCUUAUGAAGUUGGCAAUUUCUGAUGAUUUUAGACUUCUACCCUUUCCAUAUUCUCAACAAUUGAGAGCUAAAAUGCAUCUUAGUCUUGUCCCCGGAUCCUCCAAGAAGCUACACGAGGACAGUGAAUAUGCACUUUAUACUGUAACAUUAUUCCAUCAGGAUGCUGACAAUUUUAGAACUAAGGCACACGAAAGAGGUUUUCAAAUUCGUGACUAUGAAUUUAAUCCAGAAACGCAAGAAAGUCGGAAGCAGGAGACAGAAAAACUAAUGCGAGACCAGGACACACAGAGAAGCUCUCUUUUGCAGUGGUGCUAUGCCAGUUAUGGGGAGGUGGGCAGGGAUGGGUUACCAGAAUUUCGAGCCAGAUUAACAUUCCUAGAGGCUAGAGAAGGUUUUUAG